AUGAACCCACCCACCCACGACUCGGCCGCGAAUUUUCCCGCGAACGACCUGACGCAAUUUUGGAUGCCCCUCGAGAAGCAGCCCCCGAAACCUACCGGAUCCAUUGACGAGGGACACUCCUCCGCUUCCACCCGCUUCAUGAGCAAGCUGCUUGUGCAUCGAGUGUACACGCAGCUCAUCGUCGCAGGCACACGUCGUCACGCUCGUCGCAGACCGCGUCUCAACCCGCCCAAACCCAGGCUCGCCGUCGCGGCCGCGAUGGACAAGAAUCCCGAGACGAACAAGUACGUGGGCUACCACCGCGAAGAGGUUGGGUCCGAGAGCCUCGUCGGGACCGUGAAACACUUCGAUUGUCACGCGUUCCUCGUGCACGGCGAUGCGGACGCGUGGCCCGGCGAGGAGUUCGACGCCGAGGGCGACGCCGCGAAGACGCUCCACGACGCCAUCAAGACCGCCGCGGGGGAGCACAAGAGCGGCGUUCACCAGUUCAAGCCGGGAACCUCCGCGGUGGGCAAGGUGAAGCUGAACCUCUCUGAGACGGGCGCGAGGGGAGCGACGGGGGACGAGGCUGGCGACGUGAUCAUGUUUCCGCAGAUGCGCAGGCACAGGCUCGGCGCCGACGCCGUCAACGACCCGGCCGUGGUGGCCGACUUUGUCAGGCGCGCGAUCGUAUCCAGCGAUGACGCCGGCGAGGCUCUCUCGCACCGCGCGCACCUCUUCGUGUGCACGCACAUGAAGCGCGACGCGAGGUGCGGCGUCUGCGGCCCCGCGCUCAUCGAAUCCAUACGCGACGAGUUGAAGCGCCUCGACAUCGCGGACGACGCCGUCGCGGUGCGGGGGUGCAGCCACACCGGCGGGCACAAGUACGCCGGAAAUCUCCUCCUCUUCGUCCCCGAGAAGGGUUUGGCGGCGAAGGUCGAGGACGCGGGGGAGACUAAGGGCGUCUGGUACGGAUACGUCACCGCGGCUGAGAUUCCCGCGGUGCUGGAGCGCACGGUGAUGCGCGGCGAGGUCAUCCCGCGGCUUUGGCGGGGAUCCAUGGGCAUGCGACCCGACGAACACGAAGCCGCGGCGGCGGCGGAGGCAAAGAGAAUCGGGGAGCCUUGGCCGCCUCUAAAGACGCCUUGCGACGCGUGCAACGAGGAAGGAGGAGGAGGAGGUGGUGGUGGAGGAGGGGAGCUCAAGGACAUCGAGGACGUGGUGGCCGGCGGGCGCGUGAUGAAAUCGGUCGAGACCGACCCGGAUGAUGACGUGUCAAAAUGCGACGUGCGCGUGGGUUCCGACGGCGCCGCGAGCCUCGCGGGGGACGAGUGGCCUCCCAGGUGGUGGGAUCGGGUGGCCAUUGGCGGGAUGGUCGCCGGACUCGCGGGUAUGCUCGCGGGUGUAGUGUUUGAUCGUUGA